AGGAUUUUGCGACCGCGAUCGUGCGGUGCGUGCCUGGUUUAACUUUUGUCUUAUCAGUGUUUGUCGUUGUCUUAUAUCUUAUCUCUACUUGUUGCUCGGAACACGUGUGUUUCUUUUUUCUCGUGAAAUUGUUAUUGUCUAAUUUCACAAUUAUUAUGCAGGCGUGAGAGAACGUGUGUGUCAUUGUGAGGCUUCCAACUUCAAAAACUUUUGGACAGCGUUAAAAAAAAGACAAAUCAUGUCUCAACUGUACGAAUUUUAUGAUAAAUUAGAAUAUGAUAAGGUCGAUCGAAAGGAAAUAUUGUCCAAAAUAAAGGCUUUGGCUGACACAGCAGAAAUUAAAGAUGUCAAUAACACUUGCCAAAGAUAUCGUGAAACAGCACUUGUGAUGAAAAACAAUAUAUCUCUUUUUCAUGCUGUUUUUGGACAUGUUGAUGUGGCUACUAGUAUAAUAGAAUGUUUAAAUAAAUAUUAUGCUAAGCUUGAACCUUGCUUUAAUAUUGGUUUAUAUAAUGGAAAUUAUUUUGUUGAUGAUGUAAUUUCAAUGAUCACGCUUUUCAAUUUACCGUCAGAUUAUACAUAUGUAAAAUGUUUUCUAGAGAAAAUGCUUGUGUUUCCUGAUGUACCAGUAUAUUGUAUUUCAUUAAACAAGCUAGAGUUUGAACUCGUACUUUUAGAGGACUCAGACUUACAUGCAGUUAUGUUUUACCUAAUAAGAAUGUGUACAACUGAUGUUUAUUAUUCUCUGCCAACCAAAAUUUUGAUUCAAGAACCAAUAAAAGACAAAUUUUUAUAUUAUAAAGAAAAAUAUGAAAUUGAAUAUGAAGAUUGUAGUAAAUUACGUGAUGUUGAAAUCAAAGUAUUUCGAUCGAAGCAAGAAUUGCUUACGCCUAAGAAAUCUCAUUUUGUGAACUUUGUAUCCAUUUGGUCUGAAGAUAUUACAACUGCAAAAAAUUUAGCAAUAUCCUUAAAUAGAGAUUGUGUAUUUAUAAAUACAUAUUACGAGUUCUUUAGCGGUGAUGAAGUUCUUUUGCCUAUAAACAGAAUUCUUGGAAAGUCCUUGGAAGGUACAUUGGCCACUCAUCGUUUCAAAUGUAAUUGUAAUGAUGAUAACACAGUAACAACACAAAAUGUACUAGAUGGCCCAGUCAGUAAUUUGUUUUAUGAUGGCUCGUGGCAAAAACCUGUGAAAGAGAGAUAUUGGACGCAUAUAAAUGAUAAAAUGCAUGGUGUAUGGGCUCAGGCAGAAUGGAACGAUAUAUCCAAAUGUGUUCUCUCUGCUUCAAAAGGAUUCAAAACUUGGAGUACUACAUCAGUUGAAUCUAGGAUACGAAUAUUAUCUAAGUUUGCCCACUCGUUGGAAUGCACUGGUCAUGUAACAUUGGCAAACAUAAUACAAAAAUGGAUCAAAUUUCCAUUCAUCCAUGAAAGUUCAAUAAUUCACACGAAUAGUGAAACAGGAGCAAAAAUAGAAGUGACAAAAAUUUGUGAGGGAAAAGACAUUAUUAUCAUUAAAGAAGAAACCGAAACUGCAUUGUUUGAUCGAUUAACACAAACCCUAAUUGCUGGCAAUUCUGUUAUUGUAAUAUGUGACGCAAGUGUCUGUAAUUUGGCACCGUAUUGCGACAUGUUGUCAGCGUCUAAGAUGCCUCCAGGUGUUGUGAACUUGUUAUCGCAUAAAAACAUACAUCACUUGGAGCUUUACUUAUGUGGAACAGACUACGCAACUUAUAAAAAACGAUUUUUCUCAGAAGAUGCAAAACUAACGCGCACAAAUCUUACUAUGCUUAAACAUAUUCUACUUUAUCUCUAAAUAUAUCAAACUCACAACUGUGCAGGGUAAUAUAUAAAUGAACUCACAGUAUGUUUACGAUCAAAAAUAUUCUUUACACUUUUAUUAGUAAAUUAUAUUUACAUGUUGCUAAAAUGAUAAAAUAUGUUAUGUAUCA